AAUAAAAAAAAGUUAAUUGCCAUAUACAUAUGUAGAUGUGACUUAAUUCAUUGGCAUUCCAUGGCACAAGCGAGAUUGGCAAUUUGAGCAAGAUUCCGCAAAGAAGCGGAAGCGCGAAAGCAUAAAUUAGUUUGCGCAUGCGUCUUUUGUUCCGCGCUGUGAUUCUUGUUUGUCAAAUGAUUAGCCGUUAAGCGUACGUUUUUUCGAAAGCGCUGAUUGACAUUGAACUUGAAUUUUUACGAAUUAAAUUUACGCGGACAAUUUGUUGAGCUAAGAUAUUGCUAAUUUAAAAAUUGGCAGUCGGCUAGAAAACAGCACGGAGAGAAGUAGUGAAACGGUGUAUACUAAAAUAUUUGGGUUGUUGUAUAUAAUACCUUAAAUAUAUAGAAUUUCAAAUACAAAAAAAAAUAUAUUUAAGAAUUUGUGAGUCAGAACUGAAAAUACAGAUUUGUGAUCAAAAUAUUAUUGCGAUAAAUAAAAUCGUUUCGUAUCAAAACCGUWAAAGUGCUAUGCUAUUAAUUAUAUAACUUUCAAUCUUACACUCAGCGUACACUCUACUAUCACUCAUACGCCGCGAUGGUCGCGUCACUCAAGCGUUUCCCGCUAAUGCAGACGCGCAUGCGCAAACAGUUAGCGACACUCCUGCUAACACUCGCAUGCGCACUUAGCGUUGGCGCGCUCAACACGGCCGUUUCUAGAGAUCUCGUUUGUCGCAUUAUCACAACGAAUCAGUAUGCUUGCGAGCGUCAUUUGGURCGCACUGCCGAUGGCUAUGAGCUGACGCUGCAUCGUAUACCGCCAAAAAAUACCACACAGAAAUAUUCGCCCUUCAUACUKAUGCAYGGUCUGAUUGGCUCAGCGGCKGAUUUUGUGCUACCUGGACGCAAACGCUCRCUCGGCUGCAUACUGCAUGAGCAAGGCUACGAUGUGUGGCUGGCGAAUGCACGCGGCACCACCUACUCGAAGCGCCAUACGCACAUGGACUCAUCGAAUUCGAGYUUCUGGAACUUUAGCUGGCAUGAGAUUGGCUAUUAUGAUUUGCCAGCUAUUGUGGAUUAUGUACGCACGACGACGCGGCAGCAGCAGGUGCACUUUGUCGCCCAUUCGCAAGGGUCUACUGUGUUCUUUGUACUGCUAUCGGAGCGGCCAGAGUAUAAUGAGAAAUUUGCGUCGGCGUCGUUGCUGGCGCCGGUGGCAUUUUUGGCUAACAUACGUAGUCCACCGUUUAAGAUAAUGACUGCCAAAAUUGAGGAAAUUGAGGUGCUUCUAAAUCAUUUGGGAUUAUACGAACUUUUUCCAUCGACCGCCCUAAAUCAACUGGGCGGACAUCUGCUUUGCAGCCAAGAUGCGCCCACACAGAAUCUCUGCCUGCUGUUUACGUUUCUCACGGUUGGCUUCAGCGACUACCAAAUGGAUCGUAGUCUCUUUCCACGCAUACUCGAGACGACUCCAGCUGGCAUUUCAAGAAAUCAAUUCAAGCAUUUUGGCCAGCUUAUAAGAACAGGUAAAUUCCAAAAAUAUGACUACCAAUCCGAGGACGAAAAUCUGCGGCAUUAUAAACGCCAAACCCCGCCAGAGUAUAAUUUACGCAAUGUACGCGUACCCCUGCAUCUAUUUAUCGGCACACGAGAUUUACUACUGACCAAAGCAGAUGCCAUACGUCUUACGAAGGAACUGAAGAAUGCCAAAUAUACGCUACAUGAAUUGCAUGGUAUCAAUCAUAUUGACCUAUUGUACUCUUCUAUGGCGCCACGGUUAAUCUAUAAACACAUUGUUAAUAACGCGAGAAAUGUGACGCUCAAAAGUGGGUCCAGUGUAUAAUGGGAACACUUCUAGUCAAUAAAAAUUUGUUACAAAGUAAGCUAAAGUCGUUGAGAAUACAUUUAUUAGCAUAUAAUUUGAA